ACUCACAUUGGAGCUUGUAUUUCAUCUGAAACCAUCGAUGGUGGUUCGAAAGAUAAUCAUACUCUCUUGAAUCAGCAGAGGGAUAGGAAUCUAAAUAAUCUGAAAGAUGCUGUCAAAAAAUCAGCCGCGAUAGGGCGGGAAAGUGCUAUGAAAAGAAUACAGGCGAGGGAUAUAUUAGCGGAAUCCCAUUGGCAAACGCAACCGCCUAUAUCAUUAUUUGGUGAAACAGCUGCAAAAAUGACGAGUUCGACAAGCCAGUCCAUCAGAUUCGAGCCAAAGUCACAGAAGGAAAGUGUUGGCUGCAAGUUGAGACCGCCAAUUUGUGUGAUACAGAGUCCAGAUUCCAGUUUCCAGCGACCGAUGGCCAUUGUACUUGUAUUCACUGUGAUAUGGUCCUUCAUCCUGUUAAUCGGCAUCAUUGGCAACCUGUUGGUGAUCGUUGUGCUAGUCCGAACCCCCACGGGAAUGGUGUAUGAAAUCUUCUGUGUUGGACUGGCGCUCACCGAUCUCACCUAUCUAACCGUCUCGAGCACGACCACUGUAACGCAGUACUACAAGACAGAUUGGCUGUUUGGCUUGUUACUCUGCAAGAUGCUCAAUUUCAUUAUUCAGCUCGGCGACCCCGAGAAGCACAGUUGA